AUGAUGGUCAACCCGGGCCUGGUGUACAUCUUGAUUUGCUUGGCACUGCUCGUGGUAGCCAUAGCAACUCACGUCUCGAGCUCGCACCUCGCGCUCCCAAUCACUCCCUUCCUCACGCUUCUCCCUAUCUUGCUCCCCAUCAUCGGCGCCGCCAAUGCCUUUUACUAUCCCCGUCUUCUCUUCAACGCCAGCCGUUCGCCAGCGCGUGCUGAGCAACUAUUCCCUACCAUCGUCCAGAGCUUGCAAGGUGUUCUGACGACCGCCCUUGCUGUUCUCUUCCUCCAAUCUGCCAUGCCCGGCGCAAACCUCACCUGCGCCCUCACCAACUCCUGGCAGCACAUGUUCGCUGGCAAAGACGAAUCCUCCAUUCGACGCAUUCAAGACAGCUUCGACUGCUGUGGUCUCAACAGCGUCAAGGAUCGUGCUUGGCCAUUCCAGGGCGAUGUGAGGUGUGCGCAAAGGUUUGGCCGCGAUACCGCGUGCAUUGGUCCUUGGCGGGAGUCGAUGGUCAGGAACUCGGGUAUCGAUCUCGGCAUUGUCCUGGCUGUGGGCGUACUGCAGAUCCUCACCUUGCUCUUCACGCAGAGUGCCAGCAAUUGGAGGCACGCAUGGUGGGCUCAGGGUUGGCGACACCUCUCGGAGCGCCCCAUCGAAGAGCGCCAAAGACCACUCCUCGCCGCCGCUGCCGCCGCCGCAGCUUCCAACGACAGUGGCGACGAAUCCGACGUGCCCGUAUCCUACCGAGAUCUCAGCCCCCAGUACGGCACUACCGGCGAAGGCCGCGGCCGGACCCGUACCGCUGCAGGCCGCAUUGAACCAUCUUCGCUGAGAAACGUGACGAACGUCUGGGAGGGCGACUAG